AUGCGCAUCUACAAGCAGGAUCUGAUCGCUGCGCUGGGCGAAUUUGUGGGCACGACCCUCUUUCUACUCCUCGCCUUUGGAGGAGCAAAGACAGCCCAGGUAACCCGGACGACGUCGCAGCUCGAGGGUCUGUCAACAAGCUUGGGCAAUCAGACGAUUCUCUUCAUCGCAGUGUCCUUUGGGCUCAGCCUCCUGGUGAAUGCCUGGGUCUUCUACCGCGUCACCGGCGGCCUCUUCAAUCCCGCUGUGACGCUGGCCCUUUUUGCCACGGGUGGCCUGUCUGUCUUCCGCUGCGUCCUUCUGAUCGUUUCACAGCUCUGCGGUGGCAUAGCCGCUGCCGCGCUCGUGGCAGCACUGACACCAUUCGGGGGUGCAGAAAGCCUCAAGACUACUCUUGGCACAGGCGUGAAUGUGACGCAAGGCUUGUUCAUCGAGGCCUUCUUGACUGCGAUUCUGUGCCUCACCGUGCUCUUGCUUGCGGCUGAAAAACACAAGUCGACCUACCUCGCCCCCAUCGGAAUCGGCCUCGCCCUCUUCUCUUGCCACUUGUUUGGCGUCGUCUGGACGGGAUGCGGCAUGAAUCCGGCGCGAGCGCUGGGUCCAAGCGUGGUGGCCUCUUCUUUCCCCCAUUAUCAUUGGAUCUACUGGCUCGGCCCCUUUAUCGGCUCGCUUAUGGCUGUCGGCUUCUACCUUUUACUCAAGGUGAGCCGCUCUGUUCCACUUACGGCGGCUGGAGCUUCUUUGUGGCAUAAUCAUGUAUUUAGACGGUGCAAACAUUGGCGUGGUCCAUCCAACUCAUCUGGCACUUGAAGCUUCGCCGAGGCACCGAUACAGGUACAGCACAAGCCAAGGAAACGGAUUUAAGACUCGCGUUAAGUCGGUCAU